CGAUGUUCGCCGCAGCUGCGCACCCGUGCUCGACACUCGUCCGAGCGCACGAGCAGUGAUAGUGGUCCAAGAUGCGAGCCCUGGUGUGCCUCCUCGUCGCCAUCCUUGUAAAGAAGCAAAUGCAAGUUCGAGGGGAUGAGUUCAGGCCGACGCCAAUACCCGUGGAUGAAUGGAAUCGUGACAAACAGAGCAGUGAAGUUGGAACUUUACACGAAACUAUUGCAACAGAAUCUCCGCCCUCGGUCGCCGCAGUACCAGCUCAUUACUGGGAAGACGCGUUGAGACACAGCGUCUACCUUACACUGGUAAGAGACAAAAUUGACCAAUUGAUCGCCAAAGGAGACGUUAUAUCUCCCAACGAUAAACCUGAUAAAUCUGUAUCAAAGGACGUCGACGAUCAUGAUCUUUGGGAUAAAAUUAAAAAAGCACCUUUCGAUAGGUUACAGAUCGAAGAGUUGAAUUCUAGUGGAGAUGUCACAAUAAUGGCUAAAGGUCGUUUGCUAGAAGAUGAUAAAGGUUUUCGUUUCACCCAAGACGAAAGAACGAAAGAGAAAUGUGGGGAUGAGAAGUGCGCAACAGGAGUAAAGGCAUUUUGGUCAGUUAAGAGAGUGAGACAAAGGGACCAAGAGAUAUCCCCAGGAAAGUAUCACUAUGAAUUAACUUUUUCAGUGAUAUCUCAAUGGCCAAAGAAACAAAAAAAGCCGUACGAGAACCCGAUUAGAACAUUCACAGUAAAGGAGACUACUCCAGACAAAAUAGAAGACUACCCACACGAACGUAGAAGAGAGCCUAGUCGCGUUUACACAGCAAGACCCCAAAGAGCUAUUUGGGUACAUAGGAACAUAGCGCCUGCACAGCAUUACUCGAGACGACAUCAUCGAACUGGUUUACAGAGGAUAUUCUCAUCGUUAUUUUCUGAUUACGAUGAUGAUGAUUCAGAUGAACAACCAAGACACCGGAAUCAUCCACCCCACACACAAGGGACGCAAUUCUUAAAGGCUGGGCCAGCAGGGGGUCCGCCAGACUACCAUUACCAAUCAAAACCUGGCUCAUAUCAAUAUAAACCUCAAAAUGUUAAAUACGGCCGUCCACAACUUCCUCCAAUUCCACCAGCUGGACCACUCCAGCACCAAUUUCUGGACUAUGAUUCGAGUCCUAUUAUAAAUGGUCAACCACACUCAACACAAGAUAACAGGUUUGCAUCCAGUCAAUCUACAAAGACAACAAGGCCAGCUUCAUUACCAACGCCACUUCCGUCCGCAUCAGCUCAGAAAGAGUCAACAUUCAGUCUAGGAAACUUUGUAAAUAUUGAUAGUGUUGAAAAGGGAUCGGAUAAUUUCACACGAGUCCAAGAUUCAAACAAUUUUCAUAGAAACAUAAAUAAACCCAGACCUACUCCUGUAAAAGUGAAUUACUUUCCGGAACACAUCAGACCGCCCGUGUAUAAUGCACCACCCGGUGUAUUCGCCACAAUGGAUAAGAAACCAUUCAAGCCAUUGCCACCUCUAAAAAUUCCUUACAACACCAAACCACAGAGACCUCAAAGACCAUCAGAUUUUAGACCAAGUCCACAAGUUCACGAUUCCCAAUCUACAAUAACAGAUCCUUUAUUUGACAAUUCAUUCAAACCGAUUACUAUCAGUUACGUAGAUAGUGGUACAAUUGAAAAAAACGAUACUUACAAUAUCGUGAAAAAGACUCAAAAUAAAAUUCGAAAAACAUAUGCUAAGAAACCGGCGAAAAAAAAUAACAUUGAAAAACAUUAUCGAGUCACUACUGCAACGCCGGAUAUAAUAACCAUGCCAAAUUCGUAUGAAGAGGAAACUGACAACAUAGACUGGGUAAAUGUAUUAGGCGCCUUCACAAAAACAACUCCAAUGGUCAUUCAAACGGAGAAGCCAAACUAUCCAGAGUUCACAACGAUUCCCGCAACAACAGAGAUCACACCCACAACAGAAGAAUGGAAAAUAAUUACAACCACAGAAACAGAAGAAUUAAUUGAAGCAACAACAUCAACCACACCCAAACCGAAAAAACGUACACGUCCCCCACCAAAAUUCACUAAGCAUGACAAAUUAAGAAAGCAUAAAAGAAUAACUACGACCCAGAGGCCUACUACGACUACGAAGAGCACUACGAAUAUACCAGAAAAACCAAUAGUCAGAAGACCAGUAGCCGAUCUAACGACAGAAAGCUCAUAUAAUGAAUUGAAACGAUCUUUUGGGGAUGUCAAAAAUAAAACUCAAGCAACAACAUCUACAACAACACAUCCAACUACGACAACAAGACCGACAACAUCUACCACCAUAACAACAAGAACAACAACAGCUCACACAUCUACGAGUAGCUCCACCACUACAACACUCCCUGUAUCAAUGGGCACCACAAACACUCCAUCAACAACAAGAUCGAAUUAUUUACAAUAUCCACGGAAUAGAAAUCGUUUUCGACAAUCUACACUUUUCUAUAAGGGAACUUCAGUCAAACACGAUAAAUGGAGUCAUUUCCGGAAUCUAACUAGUUCUCCCCAACCAUCAACAAUUUCGCAUCGAAGACUAGCAUCAAACUUUCAAGGAUAUUCAUCAACAAAGCCUACAUUUUCACAAGAAGAAAUAAAUAACAAAGAGAUAGCCCCUGAAUUAAAAACAACAAAAUCUGAAAGUUUUGUUACUCCGAAAAGCAGUGAUGCUAUAUCAGAAAGCAGUAACAGUAUAAGUGUUAUGCCUUUAGAACCAAUCAAUGAGCAAAACCUAAAUAAUAGUGAAGAAGAUCAAAAUGAAAGCGGAGAAGAAUCCAAAGAGCAGUCAGAAUUUAUUAAUUAUGAAUCUACUACAGACAGUGACAAAAGUAAUGAAGUUGCGCCUUCAGAAAAUGUUACAGCAACAUCAGAAGUUAUUCCGAUUCAGGAUGUAACUAAAAAUAAGACAAAAAUUUGCAAAAAGAAAUUGAAUGCAACAAGUACGGAAUCUGUUGAAUAUUCCACAACUACAAGUACGACAACUGAACCAUCAUCAAUGGACAUAUUUCAAGAACUUUUUGGUUUGAACCUUGGUGAAACUAGUUCGACAACUGCGGAACCAGAAUUGAAAGCAGAACCAAGUUCAAUGCAUGAAAGUUUUCUGAAAGUAGCUGGCCUUAAAGAUUUCAUGGACGAAUUAAACGAAAAAAACAAAUACUCAUCAUUGGAAGAUCAAUCUUCAGAACAGGAGUACGAAGACGAAGAUGAUGAUGACGAAAAUGAUGACGACAACGAUAGAAACAACGAUGAUGAUGGCACUAAUACUGCAGAUGAUAACGACGAUAAAGAAGAUUCAAGCAGAAAUUCCCGACAAGAGAGCUACAACUUAAGGCAUCCAUACAGUUUCUUAGAACUAAUGGCGAUGGAAUAGACUGAGACAAAGCAAAACAAAAACCUUAUCUAAGUCAAAUAUCACACAUAAAUAUAACUUACAUUAAAGAAUCAAGACGCAUUUAGAAACAACUUUCUAGAAACAACACCUGGUCUUUAUACUGUCAUUGUAAAUAAAAUAUAUUUUAAGAAUAGA